AUGAUUUUCAUUUGGAGUUCAAACGGUGGCCCAAUGCAGCAUGCCGUCAUGCUGAUUUUGUUUCUGGUACAACUCUUGCCGUUUCUUCUGAACAAUGAAACGAACUUUGAGCAUAGUACUACUACUAGUAGUAGUCGACCUGUUACCAGUGCGCCGCCCCAGCAAACUAGUAAUAACAACAUCAUCAAUCGCAACACAAGGACCGCCGCCCAUCGCUAUUCUGCGAGCUACACCGUAACCACAGAUGAUUUGCCAUGGAAGACACUUGCCUUGACAUUUUUGGUCUUUUUCAUUGUCAUAUUUUCCCUAUUGGCCGUGAGCCUCAAUCAAUAUCGAGUUUGGUUGCGGAGUCGGUAUGAGAAUAUUGCACAGAAUAUAGAAGAGAGACAGGCACGGGAGAUGCAAGAACCACAACAACAGCCACAACCAAAUCAACAGAAUCAACAACAACCACCAAAUCAACAGCAACCACUACGAGAUGCGUACGAACAAUCUUCUCGGUACUGGUUGUCAAUGGGUCUGGCAUCUGGUCUAGUUUGUGGUAUCUUUGUAUGGGGCAUGUUUUUUAAUGAUGUAAAAGACUCGGCUCUUUCUCAGAGCCUUUCCGACAUUGCUUUGUUUUUGGGAAGCAUGCUCCAAUUUGCUGGUUUUGUGUGGAUGAUGACACGGUCCUUUGCCGAUGCUCGUCAUCAUCAAGGCCACCAGCAACCACCACAGCAAAAUCCUGCCAAACUGGCCAAGAUUGUGGCCAAGAUUCGUGAAUUGCCCAUUGAAGAGUUUGUCCCCAAUGAUGAAGAGGCGUAUUCCAAGUUGAAGAUUUCUCAAUUGAAAGGAAUGCUACAAAAUAGAGGCGACACGGCUUCGUACCUGGAACGAAAUGAAAUAGUCUCUUGUUUGAUGAAACAACGCAAGUUCGAUGACUCGUGCUGUAUUUGUUACGAAGAUUAUCACUGUCAUCCUACGAAUGAUGAGGAACAAAAGCAGCACGAGCACAUUGUAACGUUUCUUCGAAUAUUACCAAGGUGCGGCCACGAAUUCCAUUUGGAAUGUUUGGAUCAAUGGGCAUAUACCUUUGAACGCAAGGCGGAAGCUCCCUCUUGCCCACUCUGUAAAACAGAGUUUUAA